GCCCGCCGACCCGAGAGCCACCGAUGCUACGCUAACUGUCGUUAGCUACCGGGAGCGGACAUGUUGUACCGACCCUUCCUUGAAUAAACAUCGCUGUUAGCGGGGAAUCGGGAGCUAAGGGGGACGCUAGGAGCGCUGGGCAAUCAUGGACGCCGUCAACGCCUUUAACCACGAGUUGUUCUCACUGAUGGACUCCAAGCCCCCAAUUUCCCGGGCAAAGAUGAUAUCCAUCACCAAAUCAGCCAUCAAAGCUAUGAAACUUUAUAAACAUGUGGUCCAGAUUGUGGAAAAGUUUAUCAAAAAGUGUAAGCCCGAGUACAAGGUAGCAGGCCUGUAUGUGGUGGAUUCUAUCGUUAGGCAAUCCAGACACCAGUUUGGAUCAGACAAGGAUGUGUUUGGCCCAAGGUUCACCAAAAACAUUACAGGCACUUUUGAGAACCUCUGCCUUUGCCCAGUAGAGGACAGGAGUAAGAUUGUGCGAGUGUUGAACCUGUGGCAGAAGAAUGGGGUGUUCAAGAUUGAGGUUAUUCAGCCCCUCCUGGACAUGGCCGCUGGCUCUAGCAGCUCUGCUGCACCGUACACAGGAACAGAUGAGCCAGGUUCUUCCCCGCCUCCAGCCAAAGAGCCAGUUACUGCGGUAACGGCAAACUCCACCACGACAUCUGCUGAGCAGCUGCAAAACUCUGAUGCCUUUGCUGCUGUGGCACAGCUCUUCCAGUCCUCCCAGGGUCAGCAGCUUCAACAGAUGCUCCAGAAUUUUCAGCAGCAGCCAGUGAAGCCGGACACCGACCCUCAGCCUCUUGUACAUACCAUUCAAACACAGGCCCAAAAUGUUAGCACUGGCCUGGGCAUGGUCGCCCCGCAACCUCCCCUGCCCACCCAAACCAACCAGCAGAAGACAGCCUUUGACAAAGUGACUAAAUUGCUGGACCGUUUUGACUAUGACGAUGAACCAGAAAUUGGAGAUGAAACAAAGAAGGAUGAAAUGUCAUCCCAGCCCUCCUUUAUGCAGCACCCUCCUGCCUUCCUACAGCACAUGGACCACUUUAACCCGCAGAUGAUUAACAUGUCACAAGACCACUCACAACAGGUUCCUCUCCCUCCUAAUGGCCAGCUCCAGGCCUAUGGUUUACCGCCAGGGCAAAGCUUCCCAGUUAUGAUGCCACCUAUGGGGCAUGCUUUGCCAGGGCAGCCCCUCCCUGGUUCCACUGGGCCUCCAGGCUUCCCGGCAAUGUACCCUCCCCACAGUGCAGCCCAGCAACCCCAGGAUUUGUCAAUGGAUAUGGACCGUUCAUCUCUGAGGGAUGGCAGACAUGGUCAACGGUCACACUCAGGCUCCAGGUCUCCAAAGCGGAGGAGGUCACGGUCUAAUUCUCGUACACGACGAUCCAGGCACAGGCGGUCCCGCUCGCGCUCCAGAGACCGCCGUCAUCAUUCACCACGCUCCCGUUCACAGGAGCGCAGGGAGAGAGAGAAAGACAGAGACCGACGGCAGAAAGGCCUUCCGCCACCCAAGAACGAGACACUAAGCAUUUGCAGUACAACUCUGUGGGUAGGCCAAUUGGACAAGAGAACACAGCAGCAAGAUGUGGCCUGUUUGCUCGAGGAGUUUGGGCAGAUAGAGUCCAUCAAUAUGAUUCCUCCACGUGGCUGUGCCUAUAUUGUCAUGAUACAUCGGCAAGAUGCCUUCAGGGCUCUACAAAAGCUCAGUAGAGGAACUCACAAAGUUAACCAAAAAGCCAUCAAGAUUGCUUGGGCUUUGAACAAGGGUAUAAAGGCUGAGUUUAAACAGUACUGGGAUGUGGAGCUGGGUGUCACCUACAUACCAUGGUCUAAAAUCCGAGAGGUUCAGGUGGAGGAGUUAAAAGAAGGAGGGAUACUGGAUGUAGACACCUUAUCACCAGAGUGGAGUGGAGUGAGGAAAGCCCUUGACCUUCCAGAUGAACUCACCCACAACGGUCGUUCAGAGCCACAGCAGCCUGAGGAGACACAAGUAGUACCUGUGGCUGCUACAGCUGCUCCUCCUGUACAGGUAAACAAGGUUCCUCCGAUGCAGCAGCCGAUGGUUGGUGUGGGUUCUCUCCAGCCUCCCGUCUUUCCAGGUCCCAUAGGCAUGCCUCCACCUUCCUUCCCCCCAGGCGUCCCCCCUCCUCCUUUCAUCAGACCUGGCUUCAACCCUAUGCAGAUGCCUCCAGGUUUUCUCCCUCCGGGUGCCAUGCCUCUAGGUCCCCCACCUCCUUCUAAAGGUGGAGUUGAAGCCUCGCCUCUGGACCCAGCAAGUCUGGGAAACAGGAAAAAUGAGGAGGUCCUGGAUCCCAACAUAUUCAACAACCAGAUGGGGCCUAUGGGUAACCAGGUAGGUGGACCUCCAGGUUCUCUCCCAGGUGGUCCUCCAGGAAGCAUCCAACCCCCUUCUGGUGGUCUGCUUGGCGCACGGCCCGGUAUAAUCCCACUCCAACGUCCUCCGGUUCCCCCACCACCACACAUGCAGCGUUUCCCUACGCCCCACGGGCCACGACCCCCUCACCCCAAUAUGCCACCUAUGCCCCCACAGAUGAUGCCCAGAGGGCCACACCCUCAAAUGAUGCACCAUGACCCCCCUCCACCUAAAGGAGGCUUUGGCAUGCUUUCUCCUCACAAUAUGAGGGCUCCUUUCCCUCCACAUGGGCACGGCCCUCCUCCUCAAGGUCUUCCUCCUCCUCCUCCUUUUAUUAGACCUGGGGGUCCACGUGGCCUGGAGGGGCCAGAAGAAAUGGAUGGCAGACCAUUCAGGGGAGACAGGCCUGGAUUCAGGGACCGAGAGCCAGAGAGGGACAGAGACUGGGAUCGAGACAGGGAUCGAGAGAGGGACCGAGGUUUUGGAGGUGGAAGGCGUCCAUUUGGUGAUGGAGGGAGGGGCGGAGGUGGUGAUAGAAUGGAUGGGAGGGACAGACUCGGAGGCUGGCAGGAAGACGGAAGCGAUCACCGGGGAGGAGGAUGGGAGAGAGACAGAGACCGGGACAGGGACCGCGAUCGGGACCGAGACAGACGGGACUGGAGGGAGAGGCGAAGCAGCCAGGAUAGCGACAGGGAACGGGGGAGGGGGGAUGAUGGAGAGAGGGAACGAGGGAGGGGGGAGGGAGGAGAAAGAGGGAGGGGGGAGGGAGGGAGUCGAGAAAGGGGGAGAGGCACCGAAGGAAAAGAGGGGGACAGGCCAAAGCGGUCAGAACGGCGAGAGAGGACCACACGGUGGGACAGGGAUGAUCGAUUGGCUGAACUGGAAAACAUGGACAGACUUCAGACCUCGAACAGCACUGAGCCACCUCGUUUGACUCCUUUGGUUACCAUGGAAACCAGUAAAGAACCCAGUGUGGAAGCUUCUCAAAAGAAGGCAGACUCUGAACCUUUAGCUCCGCCCCCAGAGGCAACUACUGUUGCAGAAGAGUCGAAGCCCUCUGAGCCCUUACCUCCAGCUCAAAGUGAGCCCACAGAAACAAAACAGGAAGCAGCAUCAUAGACUGGCUCAGUGCUCCUCCAGACAGAGUUAGACAUUGUGUUUGUCUCUAUGAUAACCAGCCUCAACUCCUGGCAGGUGACUUCUAACCAGUUUCACAUUUUCCUGGUUCUUAACACGUUUCUUGAAAACAAACUCAAAAAUCUCCUACACACUUUGUCAAACAUAUGAAAAUGGUUGUUUUCAGACUAUAUGGCUCACAGUCAAAUUUGGCGUUGUGUCCGUGUCUCAAAACACACGACUACUUGAAAAUCAGUUAUGAAAAAUGGCAGCAGUGAACUGUCAACUCUAGUUCUCCCUCCUUCCCGUAAGUUUUAACUUGCUUGCAUGUUGACGUAGCUCUCUCCAUCUGAGGUUAAUUUGAGCUUAGCUUUUGUAUUUUUAGUCAAGUUGAUUUGCAGAUGGAAGAAAACAAAUUAUUUCUAUGACACACAUAUUUUUACUUUGUGGCCUCGUCCGUGUGAUUGCAGGCACUCCUCAACAAGGUAAAUAUGCUCAUUAUAAAAAAAAAAAUAAUAAUAAUUCACCAAAAUGUCAUGUCAAACACUGAAUAUCCUCUCAAACAAUAAUUAUAGAGGUGGCAUACGUUUUUCUUUGUUGUUUUCAUCUCAUCUUGUGUUUCGGCUCCUUGUUGCAAUAUCACAGCCAGUGAGGUACAGCUUUGAAAGAACUAUGGUGGCCUUAAAAUCCAGUCAGGUUACUUGUAGGUGUUUGAAUGGAAAAUGGCGUUGAGAUCUACUUUUGAUUAUGUCUUCACUUUCACCCUUUGAAUCAUACUUUAUUUCAGUCAGAAUAAAAAUCAGUAUCGUCUUCAUUUUAUCAGACACUGAUUAAUCAGUUAUGCGUGCACAUUCACUGGCCUAAAUCCAAUGUCCUGAACAUAACACACUCAAAAAAUGGUUUUAUUUAAAAAAAUAUAUAUUUCACUAGUACUGAGGCUCUAACAAAACAUAGGGCAGAGUAGAAGCUGGACCAUUGUAUCUAAUUUUCCUUUCUUUUUUUUAACCAUUGUAGGGGCUCAAAACCAGGGACUUCACAAUGUCAUAAUCAAAUUUCUUUUGCUUAACAGACUGUAACUGAUGGGCCAAGAGGCAUUUUAGUCAACACAUUUCAACAUAACAAGCACAACAGUUAGGAACGAGAGAAAAGGUACAUCCUAGUGUAUCGUGGUAUAUCUCCCUUGGAAUAUUAAGGAAGUAAAGAAAUUUGAUGAUGAUAUAUAGGUGGGCUUUGUUUCAGAAGUUUGAGUGAUUUCAAAUGGAUUUUCAUCUUUGUAAUUCUGUCAGUUUUUCAAAACUAUAAUCUACAUCAUACAAGUUAAGUGGAGGUCAAAUUCCGUUGGUUUUUGUUUUUUAUUUCACACCCUUGCUUAAAUGUGUACAUUUCUUAUUUUUCAGUUAGGUGAAGUGAAACUUCUUUUUUAGAUACAACAGAGGAAUAUCCAACACAAGUUUUUAAAAGUGCAACACUUCAGGAGCAUUGUUUAUAAACACAAGUUAGCAGGCAGACUACAUAAGAUUUAUAUUUAUGGUAGUCUUUUGUUUUUCCCGUGUGUAUGGAAGGAAAGGGGUAAUCCUUUGAAUCAGACAAAAGCUUUUCCAUUUGUCAAACUAAACUAAGUUUUGGCCACAUGAAAAUACAAAAUGUAACCCUGUAGCUGAUUUUUUUUUUUUUUCUUUGAUAGACACAGCUUUCAACCAUAGCUGUGACUGAUAUUAAAUUAACAUUUGAAGCCCAGAUUCUGCAAGCCCAGGUCUUGUUCUUGUAUGUUUUAACAGAGGCAAAACUAAAGCGAUGAGUGUUGCUUGGGAGACAGCUGUAAAUAUGCUUGUAUCACUGACGAUUCAAAGGUGUAAUUGUAAUUGUUGUUUAUGAUCUGUGAUUCGUUCAUCCAAGAGAAACGGAUUGACUUGGAAGGAACAAAGAGGCCCUUUGCUUUAACAUUUUUUAACUCCUAAUGGUUUGAAGGUUGACAGAUGUUUCUAUGAUUUGUUAAAAAUACAAAAAGACAUGGACAUAAAAUCUUCAAUAUUUCAGCCAUAGGAAAUUGUUUUUAAUAAACUAUUUUUGUACCAAA